AUGUCUGCUCCCCCCUCCGCCGGCGUCACUGAGCGCAUGAUCAUCCCCGUCAAGGGAACCAAGGAGGACUGGAAAGAGCCCCUCAAGGCUUACCUCCUCGCUCUGAAGCAGCAAGACGGCUACCUCCGUACUCGUUGGGGCCCUUGGUCAGAGAACGAGCAGAUCCUGGACCUUAUUUCCGGCUGGAAGUCAAAGGAGGCGCACGACAAGUUCUUCGCCUCGUCCGAGUGCGCGGAAGUGAUGGGCAACUUCAAAAAGGUCAUGACCGGCCCCGUCAAGUCCUACUUCAUCAAGUUCGUGCCCUACGCGCCCCGGGCGGCGAUCGACUCCCCCAUCGCCGAGUGCAUCACCAUCAGCGGCGCGACCAUGACCGAGGACGAGAUGAGGGCCCAGAUCGACAAGGCGCGGGCCGCGGACGGCCUCAACGACCUCGCCAGCGGCUUCUCCGUCGACGAGGUCGACGGCGGCAGGGUCUUCGUCGCGGCGCUGGGCUGGGAGAGCGUGGAGAAGAGCAGGGCGGCCGACAAGUCGGCCUACAUCCCGGCUACGGGCAAGGUUGAGACGCACCACGUCAACUUUCACUACCCGGUGAAGGGCUUCUCUGUUACCAACACGCACUAG